AAUCAUUGGCUACAGUGCAAAUAAUCCAAACUUUUUGCGGCUGGCAACGAUGAUGCACUAUAGGAGAAACGCGUCUGCUUAUUUUUACCGGGCCGCUUUGCCUGCUUCUAAUUCUGUUCUGUUUAAACUUUUCCGUGCAGCUUCAAGGACAACCGAGAGAUGGGCGAUUUGGCCUUGUAUGGACUGCCCGCCUCUGCUACUGACAAACAGACGCCCUGGAGGUACGCGUGGAAUGAGUUUGUUUACGCAUUGCAUUAGCUUUCUUACAGACACGCCAUUAUAAAACUCGUUUAAAGUGGUGCGUGUGUUGGUUGCCUUUAAGGCUGUGCGUUGUUGAAAUCCAUGGAAAAUUUUUGGGCUUCCUGGCUGCGAAGAGAAAAGGCUAAAUUUUGGAAGAAUUGAAUUGUGAUGAUAACGGAGCAUUUAUUGUUCCUAUUACCAUCAUAAUCUAUCACCUACUUAGUCAAGAUGGAGGUCGUUUCAUCUCUGAUACAGGCUACGCCUGUUUUACGUGACCUCUCCCCGGUGGCACAAGCAGCUUCUUUGGCUGUCAUUAUCCCUGUCCUUAUCGUUAUCUUAAACAUUGUUGCCCAAUUGGUUUUGCCCCAACGUACUGCUGCUCCUCCGGUCGUAUUCCACUAUGUGCCAAUCAUCGGAAGUGCAAUCUCAUACGGUAUGGACCCGUACAAGUUCUUCUUUGAUAAUCGUGAAAAGUAUGGAGACGUUUUCACUUUCAAGCUAUUAGGUAGAAAUAUCACUGUUGCAUUGGGUCCCAAAGGAUCCAAUUUGGUCUUUAACGGUCGUUUACAACAAGUUUCUGCUGAAGAGGCUUACACUCAUUUGACCACUCCCGUCUUUGGUAAAGAGGUGGUGUAUGAUGUCCCAAAUGCAGUUUUGAUGGAACAAAAGAAGUUGGUCAAGACUGGUUUGUCGGUGGAUAACUUCCGUGUUUACGUCGGUCAAAUUACAGAUGAAGUGAACAAUUUCAAUUCAACCGAUCCUGCUUUUGCUCCAUUCCAAAAGAACGUUCCAAAAGCAACCGGAACUGUGGACAUCUUCAAAGCAAUGUGCGAGAUCACAAUCUUGACUGCUAGUCGUACUCUACAAGGUAAAGAAGUUCGUGAUGCACUUGACAAGACAUUCGCAGAUCUUUACCAUGAUUUGGACAUGGGCUUCAACCCAAUCAACUUCGUCAUUCCCAACUUACCCUUGCCAAGCAACUUCCGUCGUGAUCGUGCUCAAAAGAAGAUGAGCAACUUUUACCAAGAAAUCAUCCAAAAACGUCGUCAAGGAAAAACUGACGCAGAUGAAAGUGAACAUGAUAUGAUCGCCUCUUUGAUGCAACAAACCUACAAGAACGGUAGACCACUUCGCGAUGUAGAAAUUGCACACAUUAUGAUCGCUCUUUUGAUGGCCGGUCAACAUACAUCCAGUGCAACUUUGAGCUGGGGCAUGUUACGUUUGGCAAGCCGACCAGAAAUUAUUGAAGAAUUGUACGCAGAACAGGUCAAGGUAUUUGGUGAUUCAGAUGGAACAUUGAGACCUUUGGAUUAUGAUACACAAAAAGUUUCCUUGCCUUUGAUGGACUGUGUCGUUCGUGAAACAUUGCGUAUGCACCCACCGAUUCACAGUAUCAUGAGAAAAGUUCUCUCUGAUAUUCCUGUUCCACCCACUUUGGCCGCUCCUGGAACCGUCAACACAGAGAAGUCAGCCGAUUCUACCUACGUCAUUCCCGCUGGUCAUUACGUCAUGGCCGCUCCUGGUGUUAGCCAAAUGGAUACCAAAGUCUGGCGUGAUGCUGAUAAAUUUGACCCUAAGCGUUGGUUCGAUAAGGAUAACGUUGCAAACACUUCCGAAGACAAAGAUGAAGAUGUUGAUUACGGAUGGGGUGCAAUUAAGAGUGGUGGAAAUAGUCCUUAUUUGCCUUUCGGAGCCGGUCGUCAUAGAUGCAUCGGAGAACAAUUUGCUUAUUUGCAAUUGGGUACAAUUUUGUCUUACUUUGUCAGAAGAUAUUCUUGGACUUUGGAAACCACUUUCCCUGGUCCUGAUUACACUUCUAUGAUCGUCUUGCCUCAACAACCUGCCAAUAUCGUUUUGACUGAACGCAAAUGAUGAUGCAACUUUUUUCUUUCUGCUUUUAAGCACAUUUUUUGUGCUCAAUACCUCUUCUUGUCUUACAGACGACACUUUUGUGUUAUCUGGCUCAUAUCCUCUACAACCUCUGUACGUUUAGACAUCACCUCGAUCGCUAAUUAAUGACUACGUUCCAAUAGUUGGGAUCUUAGCUGUUCCCUG